AUGGCUGAAUCUGUGACAGAAAUACCUAUAAACAUCGAAGAAACUGUAAAAGAAGUUGUACAAAAUGUCACAGAAAAACCCCCAACAAGUAUCGAAGGAGUCGCAAUCGCGUACUUAAGUUUAGUGAUAAUGGCUAUUUUACCUAUAUUUUUCGGAUCAUUUCGGUCUGUUAAAUAUUUAAAGGAACAGAAGGAGUCAGGUGAAAGGCCUGAAACAAUGUCAAAUAAAGAUGCCUUAAUGUUCCCCCUGAUAGCAUCCUGCGCCUUAUUUGCUCUCUACAUAUUCUUCCAAUUCUUUUCUAAGGAGUAUAUAAAUCUUCUUCUUACUGGAUACUUUUUCUUCCUUGGAGUCUUAGCGUUGAGCCAUCUCUUAAGUCCAAUAAUCUCACUCAUAGUACCGGCGUCAGUCCCCAACGUCCCUUACCACAUCUUGUUCACACGCGGGGAGCGCGAUGGUCGGUCAGACAUCGUCAACUACAAGUUCACUUCCUACGACGUCAUCUGCCUCAUCAUAUCGUUGAUCAUGGGAGCCUGGUACUUGUUGAAGAAGCACUGGAUCGCCAACAAUCUCUUUGGAAUCGCCUUCGCAAUCAACGGCGUAGAACUUCUGCAUUUGAACAACGUAGUGACUGGAUGUAUCUUGCUCUGUGGCCUCUUCCUUUACGACAUAUUCUGGGUUUUCGGCACCAAUGUUAUGGUCACAGUUGCGAAGUCCUUCGAAGCCCCUAUUAAAUUGGUAUUUCCCCAAGAUUUACUCAUAAAUGGAUUCAACGCAAACAACUUUGCUAUGCUCGGUCUCGGAGACAUAGUUGUUCCUGGUAUCUUCAUCGCAUUACUCCUGCGUUUCGACAAGAGCCUGAAGCGUGGUUCGGAGUUCUACUUCAGGGCCACCUUCUCAGCGUACAUCCUGGGUCUCCUCGCAACGAUCCUGGUGAUGCACGUGUUCAAACAUGCCCAGCCUGCGCUGUUGUACUUGGUUCCGGCAUGUCUGGGGACUCCCCUCACACUCGCCUUACUGAGAGGCGAUAUCAAUGCUUUAUUUAACUAUGAGGACCAGCCCGCUAUAGUGGAGGCUGCGGACAGUAAAGCGAAGAAAUCAGAA